GUAAUCUGCCUGUCUCAUCUGUGGUAAUCUGUGGGUAAAUCUGUCAGAUUUUUUAGGUUACAUUUCAGAAAUAUUUAGAAAUUGUAAGUUUAUUUGCCAGAAUGAAUUUACGACAAAUACUGUGUCAGAAAAAUUUUGCUGUAAAUUAUUGUAUAAAGCGUUACUUAAAUAAUAAUGUAGCUAGCGUUACUAAAAUACAUCGAGAAAUUUACACAAGAAUGUAUCCUACUAAAGUGGUUUUGGCUGAUGGUUCUUCAAUUAAUAUUCGAUAUCAUGAACCUAGAAAAAUAAUAAAGUUACCUCUGGAUUUGUCAUUACUCUCUGAAGAGCAAAGAAAGAUCAGAUUGGAAAAACGUAAGCCAAAGAAGAAAGUUAAAAUAACAGAUGAUGUAGAAGAUAAUUUUAAUGCAAAGAAAUAUUUGAAAUAUUUAAAGAAAUGAAAACAGUGAAGCGAAUCUUAGAGUAGACAACGGGGUUAUUAUUAGAAUAUUAGUUAAUUAAAAUGUGAAUAAG